AUGGUGUUUGUUGACCUAGAGAAGGCUUAUGACAGAGUCCCAAGGGAGGUGUUGUGGAUAUGUCUGGAAGAUAGAGGUGUUCCAGUAAUUUACAUUAGAGCAAUUAAGGACAUGUAUAAUGGAGUCAAGACCCGGGUAUGGAUGGUUGGAGGUGACUUAGAACAUUUUUCAGUCACGAUGGGCCUGCAUCAGGGGUCCACUCUUAGCCUGUUUUUGUUUGCUUUGGCAAUGGAUGCAUUGACAAGCAACAUCCAAGGAGAGGUGCCGUGGUGCAUGUUGUUUACAGAUGACAUUGUAUUUAUUGACGAGUUGCGGAGCGGUGUUAACGCGAGACUGGAGGUUUGGAGACAGACCUUGGAGUCGAAAGGUUUCAAGUUGAGCAGGACUAAGACAAAGUACUUAGAGUGCAAGUUUAGUGAUGUGAUUCAGGUAGAGGACGAGGACGAGCAACUAGAUACUCAGGUCAUCCCGAAGAAAGAAAGAUUUUGUAGUACCUGGGGUCGAUCAUCCAAGGGAAUGACGAGAUUGAUGACGAUGUCACACGUCGUAUUGGAGCGGAUCAGAUGA